AUGUUCUCUCUAAGCUUAUUUGUGCAAUUUUUCUUUCCAGGUGUCGAGCGGUCCGUCUCUGAUUGCAUUGGGAGAGAGGCACUCCAUCGGGGCGCUCCAACGGCGCCGGGUGGGCAUCAGCCCUGCAGAUCGGUUGCACUGCAUGAUGUCCACCCAGCAGGUUUGGCCGAAUAUCUAUCGCUGCCCUCCUUGGGCAAGGCUGCGAGUUAUGGUGCGUGGACCAAAGGUGCUUUGUAUAUCCCUUGA